UCAUAUUCCUCAAAAGUGUGAGAAGCUGUAUCUAAUCCUACUUCCUAUCUGUCAACGCAGAAUUUUCAGACAAACUAGUUUGCUUCCCCCCAAAAUGAUAUAUUUUAGGUUCGAGACAUCUGUUCACUAGGUCAUUUGUAUUGCAGUCUUUAACUUAUGCGAUCUCUACACCACGUUUUAUUCACGAUAUUCCAUAUCGUCUUGUUCAAACAACAAGAUAGCUAUACUUGUGGAAAUGUGUUAAAAAUAUUCUUUCUUAAUUGAUCUUCUGGCACCUGUAAAUCGCUCCGUGAACAUUAGGGCAAAGGUUAAAGGCAUACAACUGCGCUUUAAGCUGUAUAAAUAUACGAUGACACGUUUUAUACAAAUAGCUUGAAAGAAAUGUGGAUACCACUCAUGAAUACACGUCGUAUAUGUUCUAUCAUAAUCGCAUUUCUUAAAUUUUGGCAGAUCCUAUAUUAUAUAUAUCGUAGUAAUGUUUGUACAGAAUGUUUAGAGAUCCGUAUCAUGCAUGUAAUCCAAAUUCAUAUGGUGUAUGAAUAAAGAUAUAUUAUAAUAACUCAGGAUACUCCUCUCUUCAGGAAAGAAAAGGAUACAAACGCGUAUGCGCAAUCCAUUGCUGUUAAAUUGUAUAGGGACUCCAGCAGUAACAGCAAUAUAAUAUCUGUAAAGUACUCAGUUUUUAUCUUGUCGGUCAAUAUCAUAUUGACCCCUAACCGUAGUUUAAAUAAUGAAAACAAUAGUGAAAGCAACUCCAUCUUGUACAAACUAAUUAUAUAUAUCAAGAGCAAUUUGGUAUCAAGUCAAAUUUGACAGUCUGUAGCAUUUCAACAUAAACAAGGAAAGCAGUGUAUGCUGCGGAAGGGAUGUUGGGAAAAAUCUGAUCAACUUGUGAAAUGGGAAGUGAAUAUAUUUCCAAGUUCAACCACACACUUUUUGACAUGUAAACUGAUUCGAACUUGACAAAAGGUUGGACAUGGAUAAAUUUGUGAAACCGUGGAGAAAUCGUAGCAGGAUCGUGUCGAGCACUGGCACAGCACUAUGGACACCAAAGGGUGAUUUUCGUUGGUGUUCAGCGGCUGGUCACUCGGUUAUUCUGACGGAGACUAAUAUAGCAGCAUUAUGCAAUUCGGAACGUCGUGCACUUCAGCGUUUGGCCUUACUGAAACUUCAAACAUUGAGUAUACACUGUACUAUCCCAGCUUACAAAGGGGAAGAAAGUAAAUUUAAAAAGAGACUGAGAAAAUCUUUGAAGGGUCGCAAACGGACGAAUGCAGAGAGUGGGUCAACACAGCGAUCUAGUGGAGGAAAAAGUAAAACUACUGUCUUCGCUACUCCACUCGAUUUGGUGAUCAAAAAUGACAUCUGUUCGACAUCUGUUCCUCGACCAGCACGAAGGCAAAGUGAGCCUACAGCUCUGUCUCCUGGAGCAGGAGAGAAACCUCGUAGGAGACGAUUAUCGUCGAACACACCCCCAUCAACAUCCGCAUUUAAACGUCAGCAAAUAAAACAAUCUAUGUCGUAUGGCACGCUACAGAAAAAUCCUGUGCCAACGACUGCUUUACGAUCAUCUGGUUCGUCAAUAGAUGGGGAUUUAAACAAGCCAAAAAGGCACAGCGAUAGUGAUUCUGUUCUCGUAUCAGACUCGCAUCCUGAACAAAGACGUACUGGUGGGGACUCUAAAUUGAUUGAUGCUCUAACUUUGUCUUCAACGUCGGCAUCAGCAUCGUGUUUGAUAGAGAAACCACAACUACCCAUACCAUCUCCCCCUAAAGUACCAUCCAUUGUCGUUCAGUUUAUCAAGUAUCUUGAAACGUACGGCUUACACGCCCUGGGCAUAUUUCGAGUAGCUGGAUCAAAGAAAAGAUUGAAGCAGCUUCGUGAUGAGUUCGACAGUGGUUCAAGGAAAACAUUUUCAGAAGAAGAUAAUGCACAUGACGUAGCAGCGUUAUUUAAAGAGUUUCUUCGUUGUUUGCCUGAACCCUUGAUGACUAGAGAGUUGUAUACAGCUUUUCUUUCUACACAAAGAUUUAAAGAUCCAGAGACACAGUUGAAUGCUUUGAAAUAUUUAUGGUAUCUACUGCCUGACUCCAAUCGCGACACACUACAAUAUCUACUGUGCUUUCUUAGUAAAGUCGCAAAUUAUGCCGAGGAUACAACGGAUAAAAAUGAACAAAUUGUCCCGGGCAAUAAGAUGAAUUGUAGAAAUCUGGCUACGCUUAUGGGGCCAAAUAUCCUCCAUAAGGUGAAGAGUUCACAUUCUCCAAAUUUUUUUGUGGAGAAUAUGCACCGAGCAGAGGAACAUGAUGAAGUCAUUGACGUCACUGAAGACUUGAUUACAUAUCACGAAAAACUGUCUACGGUGUCACCAGAGAUGCAUGAUCAAGUCAUGCGUUUUCUGCUCCAAACUGAACCAGAGACCGUUGAUUUUAUUCUUCGACGAAAAGUUAAAAGUCAAUUUGGGCAAGAUAUCGAGAACAUAAUUAAGGGAAGCAGUGAUAUAAUCAGCGAAAUUGAUGACAAGGAAAUCAACGCUCGUUUGCAACAACGUGUUACAAACACCUAUGAUUUAAAGAAAGGCACGCAACGUGCACACAGCGUGCCUGUAGGUAACAGAAACUUCAACUCAAGUGACAACGUCCAAGCAGACGCACGGAUGCACCCCAGGUGUGCUUCGGUUGACGCACAAUUUGUAAAAACAUUUGGGUUGAGUCCAUGCAAGUGCACGGUCGGUCGCGAAGAUCGUAACAUGAUAAAGCAAAGAUCUUACGCAAACAAUCAACCAGCAACACCAAAGAUGAACACUUCAAUAUCGUUUAGUUAUUUUCCACCAUCUCCAAAUCUUAGCGCUCGGUCCACGUCGACAGGCAACUCCCCAAAUAGUAGCAUCAGUUAUUCACCUACAGAAGUAACCUAUCGUGAUUGUACAAUGCAGUAUUCUGCUACACAGAACGGUAACUCUCUUUCCACCGAUGAUACAUCGUCAAUAGGGGAAAGCAGGGGAGAGUCAGAUAUAACGAGUGAGGACUUUGAUGAUGUUGAUUUGAGAAAGCAAUGGCUAGAAUGGGAAGCACUAAGUAAAAACUUUAACUACGAUGCUGAUUUUCUCGACCAAGAAACACUCGUGUGAAUAAAGAUUAUAAUUUGUAAAAAUGCACAUCAUGAAAAGACUUUGCCACCAGUUAAUAAUAUCUGAACAUAAAAGACGAAAGGCGGAUCAAAGUCAAACAAGCAAUUUUUGCUUGGCUCAUGCUUGAAUGUUCGCUGGCAUAUUGAAGUUAAUGCACUGAUACGGAAUAAUAUGGAUGCACUCAUCUAAACCAAAUCGGCAUUAAGAACGCUUCUUGUUUUCUUCAAAUGUGUGAUACGAAUAUAUGAUAGUGUUUAUAUGUGUACAAAGUGAUGAAAUGUUUUUAUUUGCACUGUAAGAAUGGAGAACAAUGAUGCCAAAUGCGAAAUCUGAAAUUCAUAGCUGUCUUUACGACAUUGAGAUCUGAAAACAACCACGCAACUCCAAGAGAGAAUCAGUUGACGAGGGACUCCAUGAAUUCGAUCUCGUUCACUAAAUGACAACGAAGAAGUCCCACUAAACCAGGCACUUGUUGUCCAACUCGACUUGAGCUGUUUUUCCUGGGUGACCCGUCUGUUGAGUUGUCAUAAAUCAUAUGAAUCAUUUCACAAGAAUUGUCAAAUAAAAUUCGGGAAUUACCAAUUAAUGUGGAAGUCCAUUUGGCCAAAUGACGACUUUUUAAGACCACAGUAAUGCGGGAACUGUUCGAGCAAUCUACUGCAUGAUUACAGUAAUACUGAUGUAAAUAAUUUAACUAGCGGAUUGUUUUGGCAAUAAACAAAUUAAAUACAACAACGGAAGAGUAUCUCAAUUUGAUUGCUCAGUUCUAUUUUGAUAAGUUGU